AUGCCGACUAGGGAGAGACAGCGCGGGCGGCGGCCGGGGCGCCAAGGCGUAAUCUUUCGAGAAGGGCCGAGUGAGGGCCGGGGUCGGGGCGAGAGCGGGCGUUCUCCCCGAACCUCGUGCCCUGCCGUCAAGCUGGCGCAGUCUAUACGAACCCUUCCCUGUCCCUGUGAGAGCCUGGAAGAGCAGAGCAAAAAGACGGCACGCCGUGUCUACUCGCAUUUCUGGAGGACCGUGAUGAUCUCACGGCGACCCGAGCCCACUGCACUGUCCAUCCGCACCAAUUCCACCAUCUCGUCUCCUGCCUCGUCGCUCGACGACUCCGACGGCGAGGACAUCAAGAUGGCCCUCUCCGACGGCCAGAAGGCGCCAUUGACCGUCUCCAUUCCCAAGAACAUCCCCAGCCCCCACAGCCGCAAGCCCAACCUGGCCGAGAUCCUCGCAAACAACGCACCGCCGCCCUACACAUUAUCCUCCUUCAUGGCCUUUCUGUCGCAGAACCACUGCCUGGAGAACCUGGAAUUCACCAUGGACGCGUCCAGGUACCGCAAGCACUACUCCAAGAUGGUCAACCGCCACCCGGGGACACCCAUCUCUCCUCUGUCCGACGAGUGUGCGUACGUCCUCAUGCUCUGGCGCCGCCUGAUCGACGCCUAUAUCCGGGAAUCUGGCCCCCGCGAGGUCAAUCUCCCUGCUGAGGUCCGCGACAACCUGCUUCUCCUGUCUGAGUCAUACGUGCCCCCUCACCCUUCAACACUCGACGAAGCUGUCGCGAAAAUCUACGAGCUCAUGGAAGAGGGCGUGUUGCUGUCUUUCCUGAACUCUGUCAGCCCCCAGAGUGCGCACCCAAGCAUCAUGAGCCACGAGAGCUACAACGCCAGCGUUGCACGCGCCUCGACACGCAGCUAUGACGAGCGCGGCGCUCUCCCACACAAGCCGUCGCACGUCCCUGCCCACCAGCGUGCAUCAGCACCGUCCUCUCUCACCGCUGGCUUCAUGCAUUCGCGUCCCUUCUCUCACUCCCGGUUCCACUCGCACCCCACUUCAUCUGGUAUCCCUGCUACCCGCGUCACGUCUGGUUACACCAGCGGUAGCGACGCCAUGACCGAUGACACAGGGAGCGCAAGCCCGUCGAUGAGCGAUCCUCUUACCCCACCAGGAACACCGCCCAUGAGUGACUACCCCAUGGUCGACUCGGCUCACAUCUAUGGCGAGAACGGAGGUGCCAGCGGCACCCCCAGCCCCCGCACCAGCCGCGGGGAGCACAACGGCAUUGGCGCCGCCACCCGAGACAGUUGGAAGCGCGUCAGCAGCAAGCUUUGGCCGAAGAAGAAGAGCGGUGGCCAGCUGCGAGAGGACGAGCACGCCGUUGUUGAUUCGCCAGGGGGUUUCAUCUAA